AGCUGUAUGGAUCGCCGUAGCCUGGUCAAUAUAGGGUUAUAUUGUGGAGGGGUGGGUAAGAGACUCUAUUGAUUGCAGUACAAUGGCCCAUUUGGGGCUCUAGGACCUGGGGGCGGGGGUUGUGCUGGUACAUAAAGGCUAUAUGGAUUUCAAUAGGAUGGUCUGUAUAGAGCUAUAUGGCCUGGAAGGGGGGGAUGGUCCACACAUGGCUGUAUGGAUGGCAGUAGAAUGGUCUGUAUGGGACUAUAUCACCUGGGAUGUAUGUGUGCUGGUCCAUACAGGCUAUAUGGAUUUUGGUAGGAUGGUCUGUAUAGAGCUAUAUGGCCUGGAGUGGUGCUGGUCCAUACAAGGCUGUAUGGAUUGCAGUAGAAUGGUCCGUAUGGGGCUAUAUGGCUUGGGGAUCACAGUCCAUGGAUCCCUGCCUCCCUUCUCUCUGCUCGCCAGCCUCCUUGUCACUCCCAGGAUGAGCCGGAAGCGGAGGGCAGCUGAGGCAGGAGACGUGGGCCUGGCACUGGAGCUGCGCUGGGAGUGGCAGGACCCCAGCGGUACCUGGCAUUGCUUUGUGCCUGAGCAGAGUGAGGUGCUGACACAGGCGGCCAGGGUAGGGAAGCCCAGUGUGACUGUGGGCUCCUGCGUGGACCUGCAGCGGAUGGUGCAGCAGAACGGACAGACGGGGCAGGACAGAUGCGUGGCAGCUGCCGUCCAGGACCAGGACUCCUAUUUCGUGUGGUGCUGGCAGGGGGACGAAGAGGGGCAGUGGUUGCCCUACCCUGCCGACACCUGCCUGGCGCUGGAGGGUGCACGGCGCGGCGACGGGGGGCCCAGCCUAGAGGUGAUGUUCAGCCAGACCCACUACACAUUGGACACGGCCCAGAUGACCCAGACCAACGUCAGAACCGGAUACCAGCGCCGGAUGGAGCGGAGGGAGUCAGAUGCUGUGGAUGACUAUGGGGCAUCUGAGCCCAGCUCCGUCCCUGGCUUCUUGUCCCCACAACAGCCCUCAGCACCAAAGAGACCCCGGGAUGGUGGGGCCAGCCCCAACCCUGGAGCCGGGGGAGAGAGCACAGAGAUCAUCAAGACCCUGAUUAUGAAGGGGAAGGCGCCGGUGGAUCCUGAGUGCUUGGCUAAACUGGGGAAGGCCCACGUUUACUGCGAAGGGGACGAUGUCUACGACGUGAUGCUGAACCAGACCAACCUCCAGUUCAACAACAACAAGUUCUACGUCCUACAGCUGCUGGAGGACGAUGGGUCGCGGAGCUACAGUGUCUGGAUGCGCUGGGGGCGCGUGGGGCGGCCAGGCCAGCACAUGCUGGUGUCCUGUGCUGGGGACCUCGCCCAGGCCAAGGAGAUCUUCACUAAGAAGUUCCUCGACAAGACCAAAAACCACUGGGCCGAGCGGGGCAACUUCCAGAAAGUGCUGGGCAAGUACGACCUGCUGCACAUGGACAGCCAACCCCCGGCCUCAGAGCUGAGCUGCGUGGGGGCCCCCCGGCCCCAGCCGGCCUCGCAGCUUGACCCCCGAGUGCAGGCGCUGCUGGAGCUGGUCUGUGACCUGCAGGCCAUGGAGGAGAUGGUGCUGGAGAUGAAGUAUGACACCAAGAAGGCCCCUCUCGGGAAGCUGACGGUGGAGCAGAUCCAUGCUGGGUUCCAGUCACUGCAGAAGGUGGAGGCGGUUCUGCGGGCUGGGGACACCGGACGGGCUCUGCUGGAGGCCUGCAAUGAGUUCUACACCCGCGUGCCCCAUGACUUUGGACUCCGGACCCCCCCAUUGAUCCGGACUCGACAGGAGCUUCAGGAGAAGGUGCAGCUGCUGGAGGCCCUGGGCGAGAUCCAGAUUGCCAUCAGGCUGGUGCACUUGGAGCUGCACGGCCAGGAGCACCCCAUGGACCAGAGCUACCGCAAGCUGGGCUGUGAGCUCCACCCCCUGGACCGGGACUCUGCCCGCUUCCAGGUGCUGGAGCGGUACCUGCUCUCCACCCACGCGCCCACUCACCGUGACUACUCCAUGGAGCUGCUGGAGGCCUUCGCCCUGCGCCGGGCCGGCGAGCCCCCCUUCUGCGCCAGCCUGCCCAACCGGAUGUUGCUGUGGCAUGGCUCCAGGCUGGGCAACUGGGUGGGGAUCCUGAGCCAGGGGCUGCGAGUGGCGCCCCCUGAGGCCCCUGUCACCGGCUACAUGUUCGGGAAGGGCAUCUACUUCGCAGACAUGUCAUCCAAGAGCGCCAACUACUGCUUCGCCUCACGCCAGCGCGACGUGGGCCUGCUGCUGCUGUGUGAGGGAUGGGGCUGCAGUGCCCCUGGGCCCAGCGGUGGAGACGGGCGUGACAAACCCCCAUGGCUACACCCUCAACUACAACGAGUUUGUCGUCUAUGACCCGGGUCAGGUGCGGAUGCGCUACCUACUCCAAGUGCGCUUCAACUUCAUGCAGCUGUGGUAAGGGGCCCCGGGUGCCUCCUGUGGAAAUGUCCCUCUGCCUUUCUACUGCAAUAAAUUUGGUACCAGUC